GAAAAAAACAUUUGACUUUUUGACAUAAAUUUAUUCGUGUAGUAAAUAUGGCUGACGAACUAAAUGUUGACAGUCUAAUUCACAGACUUUUGGAAGUUCGAGGAUGCAGGCCUGGCAAGACUGUGCAAAUGUCGGAGGCAGAGGUACGUGGGCUCUGCACAAAGUCCAGAGAAAUAUUCCUGCAGCAGCCCAUAUUACUGGAGUUGGAGGCACCACUCAAAAUUUGUGGUGAUAUACAUGGUCAGUACACAGAUUUGCUACGUCUCUUUGAAUAUGGAGGAUUUCCGCCAGAAGCCAAUUACUUAUUCCUUGGUGACUAUGUAGAUCGUGGUAAACAGUCACUGGAGACUAUCUGUCUCCUAUUGGCUUACAAAAUAAAGUACCCUGAGAAUUUCUUCCUACUCAGAGGCAAUCAUGAGUGUGCUAGCAUAAACCGCAUUUAUGGUUUUUAUGACGAGUGCAAACGCCGAUACAAUAUAAAACUGUGGAAGACUUUCACGGAUUGCUUUAACUGCUUGCCAAUUGCUGCUAUAAUUGAUGAGAAGAUUUUCUGUUGCCAUGGUGGUUUGUCUCCAGAUUUACAGGGAAUGGAACAGAUCAGAAGAAUAAUGCGACCCACUGAUGUUCCAGAUACAGGAUUGCUUUGUGACUUGCUGUGGUCAGAUCCCGAUAAGGAUGUUCAAGGUUGGGGGGAAAACGAUCGCGGCGUCUCGUUUACUUUCGGACCCGACGUCGUCAGUAAAUUCCUCAACAGGCAUGAUUUAGAUUUGAUUUGCCGUGCUCACCAGGUGGUGGAAGAUGGAUAUGAAUUUUUCGCCAAACGAAUGUUGGUUACUUUGUUCUCUGCACCCAACUACUGUGGAGAAUUUGAUAAUGCUGGUGGAAUGAUGUCUGUUGAUGAAACUCUAAUGUGCUCCUUCCAGAUUCUUAAACCAUCUGAAAAAAAAGCAAAAUACCAGUACAAUGGUAUAAACAGUGGAAGGCCAGCUACUCCUCAAAGGUCACCACCUAAGAAAAAAUAACUGACAUUUGGUAUCCAGUGUGCUGCACAGUGAGAGGAAUGCUACAAAUAAUUAAUUAUAUCAUGUAUUAUAAUUAUUAUUAUUAGGUCAUUGGACAGGGCCGGACAAUGUGUCUUAAAUUUGUGAAAUAUAUGUUAUCAAUUACUUGUGCCUUCUUGUUUUACGUUUACACAAUAUGAGUGAAAUUAAUUUGUUUUGUUAAACUUUCAUGAGGAUUAAUGAGUAGACACGUUCGGCAAUGUCACAUUGACAUGCUUUUUCGAUCCCUGAAGUACUACCUAGCAGCCCUUUAAUUGGUACUGAACCCUGUUGUGUUAUCUAUCGUCUACAUGUUAUAGUCAAAUUGUUUCGUAUCAUUUAUCAUAUUUUAUCAGAAAAGUGGCAGCUGACUUCGAGAUGCGGGCAUUGGACACUGAAGCGUAAUUACAUUUACAAAGUAAUCUAUUAAGUAGAGGAUCGGAAGCACAUUUGGUUGAUUUAUUUUAUAUCUAAUGUGCCUAUGAAUGUAAAUUAUAUAUAAGUCUGGAGUGACGAAAAUUAAAUGAUUUGAGAAAUUCUUGUAUGGAAUAGGCAAUAAUUAAAAAACAAUGUUCGUCCAUAGUUGUCAACAUGAAUUUUAUGUUUGUUGUAGUUUAAAUAUUUAUUGAUGGUUUAGUCCUUCUGUGAAGUUGGCCUAAACAUGCAAUUUACCUUCUUAUAUUUGUCAUAGCAUUUAAGUGUUAGUACCCAGGACUCCAUUGCAAAAAUAUGUUUAGGAGAGAAUAUCCAGUGAAAUAAAAUUUAAUUUGCUCUCAGUAUUAUUCUUAAUGUUAAAAUAAGUAGCAGUCAAAAUUAUAGGAAAGUAUAUGAUCUCCCCGGCCGAGGCUUAUUUGUCAGUCUAAUUAUACUGUAAUGAAAGUCUCAAAUUAAAUUAUUUAAAAUAAAGUAGAAGCAGUGUAGUCCUCGCAACAAUAGUGCAAUUGCUAAAUAUUAUAUAAAUUAUAUGCAGGUUUUGCAUUGUACAAUUUUAUUUUUAGCUAUGUUAACAUU